AUGGUUUUCCUGUCCAGCAUGUUAAUCUUUCUCGGAGUCCUCAUUUGGAAGGAACAUCAAAAGAGGGCUGCUUUUUACGGAAGAUAUAGUUUGAAAUCGUCCACGACCAAAAUCCUAAUCCCGGCUAAUGUGGCUUGGUUUGUUCAGGAAUUGCCUUCGUUUGCUGUACCGGUACUGUUAAUUUAUCAGUCGGGUGACCUAGAUAACUUGGGGAGUAAACUGCUGCUGUUCUUAUUCUGUGGGCACUACUUUCACAGGGUAUUUAUUUAUGGAUGUUUCACCAGAGGACAAGUUGUUGAAAUCACCUUUGUUUUGAAAUGUUUUGUAUUUUGUGCUUUGAAUGGGUAUCUUCAAGGACACAACUUGAUCUAUUGUACCAAGUAUAAUAGCUGGACCACUGACUUCAGAUUUUUGUUUGGGCUGAUGCUAUUCUUACUAGGAAUGGCUUUCAAUAUCCAUAGUGAUCAUUUGUUACGGAAGUUGAGAAAACCUGGAGACACAAGUUACAAGAUUCCUAAAGGAGGAUUAUUUGAAUAUGUUUCUGCAGCAAACUAUUUUGGUGAAAUUGUGGAGUGGUUUGGUUAUUCCAUUGCCACUUGGACCUUCCCAGCCUUUGCUUUUGCUAUUUUCACAACCCUAUCCUUAGGAUCUCGUGCUAUUUAUCAUCACAGGUUUUAUAUGGAGAAGUUCCAGGACUAUCCAAAAUCUAGGAAGAUUUUAAUUCCCUUUUUAUUUUGA